UCUCAGGAAGGGCUUCAAUCGUUCAAUCUCCGGAACAGCUUUGGAUUGGCGAGGUCCGCCCGUCCUCAAAGUGCAUUGAUUGGAAUUACAGAUCUGCUGCUCGUCUCGGACGAAACAGAGGCCCAGAUCUUUAGUUUCUAUUCUUGGACGCGCGAAUUUUAUAUUUGCCGUCGGACUUUCGGGGCAGCGCGCAUGUGGACAACAUGGUCAAUGGUCGCGCUGCCGCAGAGGGCGAUUCCGGGAGGCCGAGUGUACUCGGCGCAGCACCACGUCGAAAGAAAGCGACCCUCGCAAGGUUCGCCCUACGUCCUCGACGACGAUGGGCACGGCUGCGGCCUUGGUCGCGGUCGGUUAAAGCUUCGAUCUGUGCAUCUGCGCGCGCGGGUGCGGGUGCGAGAGAAAGUUUGUGCCCGCAAGGCAUUCGUCGAUGGAGCGAUGGCCUCGUUGUCGUCUGGCGAUAUCCUGAAAAGUUGGUUGCUCGAUGUCGGCAUGAGCUUUCGAACAAAUUUUCGAUCGGUCGCGCUCGGGACCUGACGAGAAGAGGACAACGAUGCGAUGGAUUUACCCUGCGUCCGCACGGACUGUUCGCCUAUGGCCUGGAUCGAAAGAGCCUCGCAGUAGGCCUAGAGUACAGUAUUGUCAUGUCAGGCAGCCGGUGAAAAGGUCAGAGAGCCAAGGGGUUUUCUCUCUGUAUUUAAGAUUUAAACCGACCGUGGAUCCAAUCUGGCGACCCCGACUUUUCACCUUUCUCGUGCAUCGAAAAUGGGCGCAAGACGUUGGAGAAAUUCAUUCAUUGUGCUGCGUGAAGUCUAUCAUAGCAUCGUCAAGAGUUGAUGAGUUUCACCUCGUAGUCUUCGAGAGUAUCGACAGCCGAUUUGAUGCCAGGUGAACGAGGACAUUUGAUUCUCUCCGCAAAUGGAUCAAAUGGACUUCCCUCGAUCUUGUCUCUUUCCCACGUUAUUCUUGUUCGAGAUUGACAGCCAUCAAGGCGAAGAAGAAAUUUUUAGAUGAAUAAAUCAAUCAGGACCCGAUCGAUGAGCACAAGCCUUCACAAAGCUCAAAGAUACAUUUUUAGUCAAAGUAUCCGGCUGAAAAGAAAAGUAUAACGUUUUGAUCAUUGAGCAUGAUAGCAACAACAUUCAAAUUUGUGAUUUU